AUGGCUGAGCCCACGCCGGUCGGCCGCGAGAUUAUUUACUGUGGUGUAUGCACACUGCCACCGGAGUACUGCGAAUACGGCGGCACCACCAAAAAGUGUCAAGAAUGGCUAGAAAAAAAACACCCCGAUCUCUACGCAAGGAUAUGGUCGCCUGAAGCCCUAGAAGCAGCUACCGCCUCCCUCUCCCUGGCCGCGCAGGAGCGCGCCGCCAAAGACGCAGCCAAGAAGGCGGCCAAGGCGGAGGCGGCCGAGCAGAAGCACGCCGACAAGCUGGCCAAGAGCGUGGUGACCAUCAAGCGCAUCGAGCGCAACAAGCGCAAGUUUGUGACGUCGGUGACGGGGCUGGAGGCGUUCGGGUUGGAGCUGAAGAAGGUGGCCAAGGACUUCGGCAAGAAAUUCGCUACUGGGGCGUCCGUGACCAAGGUGCCGAGCGGCGGGGAAGAGAUCGUGGUGCAGGGCGAUGUGAGCGGGGAGAUUGAGGAGUUCUUGUUGGAAAAAUACAAGGAUAUCCCCGAGGACAAUAUCGAGUUGGUGGAGGACAAGAAGAAGAAGGCGUCUGCUGGUUAG